GCGGGGCUCGACUAAGAUGGCGGCGGCGGCAGCAGCGGCGGGAGGCGCGGCGGACGCCCAGGCCCGCUUCGGCCACUCGGUGAAGGGGCUCCUGACCGAGAAGGUGACGAGUUGCGGCACCGACGUGAUUGCCCUCACCAAGCAGGUGCUGAAGGGCUCCCGGAGCGCCGAGCUCCUGGGUCAAGCUGCUCGGAACAUGGUUAUGCAAGAAGAUGCCAUCCUGCACUCAGAAGAUAGUUUAAGGAAAAUGGCCAUAAUAACCACUCAUCUACAAUACCAGCAGGAAGCGAUUCAGAAGAAUGUUGAGCAAUCAUCAAACCUGCAGGACCAGCUGAAUCACUUGCUCAAAUGAAGCAUAGCCAAAGUCACAAGGACGUCUCGACCAGUGCUGAGGGCAGCCAGCGGUCCUUUCCCCUCUCCUGAGUCAACUGCUCAGUUUUCUUUGGAGGCUGGGUGUCAGCUGGGAUAUGUGCAGAGAGUGUGUUCCUGAGGAUAUGGGCCUCUCUUAUGUGUUCCUAUCCACAUCCCCAUCUACAAAACGUGUGCGUGCUUGCCUGCAUCUGAUCGAAGCAAACUCGGCAGAUGCUUUCCUUCCACCAGCGUUUCCAGUGCUUGUUUGCUUUCUGUGUGUAGCACCUCCGGCAUCCAAGCCGUUCAGGUAACGGAUUACUGGGCGUAUGUCUGAAAUGGUUGGCCAUCCCAGCAUCCAGCAUUUGAUACUCUUUUUGUCCAAGGUACUAUGUCUUUCAUGGCUGUAGCAGGAUGAUUUUCCUUCCUGACUCUUAACCUCUGCUCAGUUAGAAGCCAUCUCCUGUGAGAUGAUGGAGAGGGGGUUGCUGUGUCUGCCCAGGACCAGGAAUCGUAGAGCUAGUUUUUUCAAAUAUGUUUGUUUCCCCUUGUCCCUCCCCUCACAAGAAAUGUAGAAAAUAGAGCUGUGGGUUUUAAAUACAGGUGCCUGCAGUUUGACAUUAAUCCUUAGGCAUGGAGAUGACUAGUGCGAUUUGUUUAGAACAUGUUAAUCAGUGGGAGCUGUAAAUGCUCUGGGAGGUAAGAGAGGUGCUUCAAUUCAGACCAAGGUGCCGGUCCCAAGACAAAAUUUUUUUAAAACCCACUGUCAGUGCUCCAGCUGGAUACUAUUUGAUAAGCAUCCUGCUCUGAGGUUAUCUUAUUUUCCACAAAGCCAGAGUUUGGAAUGUCCUCCCCUUGCCAGCCCAUCUGCACCGCCUUUGGCCUUCAACUGCAUUCCUAUUCCUGAGUUACUGCUCCAGCUCUCAAUUAAACAGCCUUGGAUGUGUCGUGUUUGUAUGGGAUUGGGAAGGUAUCCAGAGGCACAGCUGGGAAGUGGGUAGUGGGGGGGGGGGAGAAGGGAAAACAAACAAACAAACAACUCUGCAAGCCCAUAUAUUCACUUCUGAACUGUUGUGUGUAUGAGGGUUAGUGGCUGGGCUCCUGUUCACUUCUUAGGGAGUAAGAUUGGGUCCAGGCUAUAAAUACAAUGGUUUUUGUAAGUCACUUAUCUGGAGCACUUGGAGCACACUGGAAGCACUUCAUUGCCUGAGUGUGCUUUUCAUCAGCUGAUAUGACAAGGCAGAUGGAUAGUGGGGAUCGGCCUGCCACGUUCCUGUUGUAAAUCUGCAGCGAAGUGCUGCAACGUUUUGGUUCCUGCCUGGCAGAGCCUUUGCUUGGGCUGGUUUUGCUCUGGCUGCCACCCUUUCCACUGCUGCUGCCUGGACGGGCCUCACCUUGUGGCAGCCCAUCUGCUGCGUCCCCUCUCUCUUAGCCCAGGCUAAUCUAAUCAGUCCAGCAGUACUGUUAGCUUAUCCUGUGUGCUGUGCCUCUGCUCUAACAUGGGCACAGCAGAGGAGGAUGUAAAAAGCUAAAGUGAUCUGCUUUACUGUGAUAAAAGCUUCAGUUUC